GCCGCGACUGUCUUCCUCAUUGGCGCGGGGCGGAGAGGCGGAAUGUUCAACUCCUGACUCGGGCGGAAGCGUGGGAGCCGCGCGGGCCGCCGUCCUCUCGACCCCCGGUCGCCGCCCCUGCCCUCGGCGCGCGCGGGGCCUCGGCGCCCCCGGCUGCUACUCGCGCCCGGCCCGGGAGCCAGAUCUUGUGGGAGUCUAAUCCUUUGUCAUUAUGAGAUGUCGUCUCUCGGUGCCUCCUUUGUGCAAAUUAAAUUUGAUGACUUGCAGUUUUUUGAAAACUGCGGUGGAGGAAGUUUUGGGAGUGUAUAUCGAGCCAGAUGGAUAUCCCAGGACAAGGAGGUGGCUGUGAAGAAGCUGCUCAAAAUAGAGAAAGAGGCAGAAAUACUCAGUGUCCUCAGUCACAGAAACAUCAUCCAGUUUUAUGGAGUAAUUCUCGAACCUCCCAACUAUGGGAUCGUCACAGAAUAUGCUUCUCUGGGAUCACUCUAUGAUUACAUUAAUAGUAACAGAAGUGAAGAGAUGGACAUGGAUCACAUUAUGACCUGGGCCACUGAUGUAGCCAAAGGAAUGCACUAUUUACAUAUGGAGGCUCCUGUCAAGGUGAUUCACAGAGAUCUCAAGUCAAGAAAUGUUGUUAUAGCUGCUGAUGGGGUAUUGAAGAUAUGUGAUUUUGGUGCCUCUCGGUUCCAUAACCAUACGACACAUAUGUCCUUGGUUGGAACUUUCCCAUGGAUGGCCCCGGAAGUUAUCCAAAGUCUCCCUGUGUCUGAAACUUGUGACACAUAUUCCUAUGGUGUGGUUCUCUGGGAGAUGCUAACAAGGGAGGUCCCCUUUAAAGGUUUGGAAGGAUUACAAGUAGCUUGGCUUGUAGUGGAAAAAAACGAGAGAUUAACCAUUCCAAGCAGCUGCCCCAGGAGUUUUGCUGAGCUGUUACGUCAGUGUUGGGAAGCUGAUGCCAAGAAACGGCCAUCUUUUAAGCAAAUCAUUUCGAUUCUGGAGUCCAUGUCAAAUGACACGAACCUUCCCGACCAGUGUAACUCAUUCCUGCACAACAAGGCAGAGUGGAGGUGCGAAAUUGAGGCAACUCUCGAGAGGCUGAAGAAACUCGAACGGGACCUCAGCUGUAAAGAGCAGGAGCUCAAAGAACGGGAAAGACGUCUGAGGAUGUGGGAGCAAAAGCUGACAGAGCAGUCCAACACCCCGCUUCUCUUGCCUCUUGCUGCAAGAAUGUCUGAGGAGUCUUACUUUGAAUCUAAGACAGAGGAGUCAAACAGUGCAGAGAUGUCAUGUCAGAUCACAGCAGCAAGUAACGGGGAGGGCCAUGGCAUGAACCAAAGUCUGCAGGCCAUGAUGCUGAUGGGCUUUGGGGAUAUCUUCUCAAUGAACAAAGCAGGAGCUGUGCUGCAUUCUGGGAUGCAGAUAAACAUGCAAGCCAAGCAGAAUUCUUCCAAAACCACAUCUAAGAGAAGGGGGAAGAAGGUCAACAUGGCCCUGGGGUUCAGUGAUUUUGACUUGUCAGAAGGUGACGAUGAUGAUGAUGAUGACGGUGAUGAGGAUAAUGACAUGGAUAAUAAUAGUGAAUGAAAGCAGAAAGCAAAAUAAUAAAAUGGAAAAUGUGUGGAAAAACGAAAGAAACUUGCUAUCUCAGCCUGUACAAAAACCAGUAAGGAAGUAGAAAACUGAGCACUGAAUUUUUAGGCCAAUCACAUUUCUAUGACAGUCAUUUCUUGAGUGAUUUUACUUUUUUUUUUUUUCCCCUGCUUACAGAAAAAUGGGGGGUUAGUGGGGGAAUUAAAGCAGAAAGGUAUAUUUAAUGAGUCAGCAAAUGUGGUGCCUGAUUAUAGAAAUCUGUGAUUCUAUUACAAUAUAGUAGUUUUAACUAAUUACAUUGUGGCUUUUUUUAAAAACAAAUACUUUAAUGUUUGUAUUUGAUUUGAUUUCAUUUAUUUAAUUGCUUAAGAAGACUUACAUUUUGAAAAAGCACUCUUACCUCCUAAUUCUUCUCUGACACUGAUUUUCCUGUAACACACUACAUUUUUUUUUUCUUAUGGCAAUACACUGCACUGUCAGAAAUAAUUGAUAAUGACUACAAAAUCUAACAAUAAAAAAAUUGAGAUGAAAGAAGACUAUAACAAAUACUUCUUCAGAAAUACCGAAAUGCCACGAAUUUUCAAUACUUAAUGGCACAACUACUCACAGUAAAACCUGAGAGAUGUUCUCAGUAAUACACUGGAAGAAGAAAUACUCUCAUUUGAAGCCAACAGCAGAUGUUGCAGGCUUUCAUACCAGUGCUAGCCCUGGAAUCUUCUGAACAACACUGUCAUCCGAGGCUUAGUUUCUAAAAGGAGAAAGAGAUGGUCUUAAAGGGCUACUUGCAAGCUGAUAUCAAGUGGGGACACAGACCCCCUCUGCACCCCCAGUGGGGAAGGAGCAUCCUGGGUUCUAGAUAUAUGUAGAGAGGUUUUAAAGAGGGAACUAAAGAUUAUGAAAGCAAUGGCAAGGAUAAGUUAUACUUACUGAGUCAGAAGUAUAGGAUGAAGGGUCCUUUUUAUAUCAAAUCCAGCCUUCCAGAGUGGUCUUUUUUUUUUUUUCUUUUAACCCUGACUCAGCCAUGCCAGUGUUAAACAGAAGCAAAUGUAGGUGUCUCUCCGAAAACCUAGUUCGCCAGAGUAAUAGUCUCAGAAUGUUAUAUUUGUCAAAACUUGUUUAAACUAUAAAACACUGAUUAAAAAAAAAAAACUACAAAACACUGUGUGUGUGUGUGUGUGUGUGUGUGUGUGUCCACACACACACACACACACAGAAAGGCCAAGGCACAAAAACUUUUUUUCAGCCUGUAUUGGAAAAAAGUGCCAUUCAUUUGACUAUUACACUAAAAUACUUCUGAUGGUUAUUUUUAUGGGAAAUUUAAGAAAGUAUAUCAUCACAGAUAUUAUCUAAUACUAUUUCCAAGUAUAUUCAGUCAUAAAAAGCUUCUCAAAAUUUGAAACAUGACAUGCUUCUAAUCCCUAUUAACAGCUGAAAAAUAUCACAGAAUGAUCAGUACGCUGUGCCAGCUUUAUUUGGAGAAAAAUAACCAUUAAAAUGUUCUGGUUGUGAAAUGUAGCAUAGCCUAUAUACCAGAGUGAUAAAGAGAAGAAUCUGGAGUCAAAUUAGGAUUCAAAACGGCUGUGCAAUCUGUUAAAAAUUAUUUAGCCUCUGUGUGUCUGUUCAUUUUUGACAUGGGAAUAAUAACAGGACCCACUUCAAAGGACUGUUGUGAGGAUUAAGUGAAAUAAUGUAUGUAACACAGUGUGUGUGUUUUAUGAACACAGUACCAGGCCCAUGGCAAGUGGUCAGUCAGUGUUAGCCAGCGAAAAGUUGCUAAAAAAAAAAAUAAGUAGUUACAGUAACCUGGAGAACUAAACUAUCAAUCUCAAGUCAUGCUUGUUGAGUCGCAGGAAAUGGAAGUUAAAGUGAACGGCUUGCAGGAAAGGUAGAAGAGAACACUCCUAGAAUAUAAACCAUAUAAACAAAUUUAAUCUGUUGCUCUUUGAAGACUACGCAGCUGAGGAAUCGGCAGACUCUUCCACCACCCACAGACUAGGUAAAAACAACGGAUAGGCAGACCUUUCCCCUAGAAGAUGGGUGCCCUAGGAGCCUACGUGGUAGCACCACGAGCUGGUGCUGGCAGUGCCCAGGCACGAACACGUAAAGGCAUCCUGGCUAUGCUCAGCAGAGCCGUGCUCCCUCCCUCAAGCUGAGGCCCUCAAGCAGAACCUCUGGGAGCCGGGCAGAGGGCUGGUUUUCAACUCUUGACUUCGGGGCACAUCCGAGUCACUGUGGUCCAGCAACCUGAAGGAGAGAACCAAAGAGGAAGCAGUUUAAAAGCCUCUUGCCCAUCUUUUGGGGUAAAGAGAAAGUCAUCUGUUCCACAGAUACUCACUGAGGCCCCCAUCUGUGCCUGGAACACGUUCCAGGGCACAGCAAGGGGGCCAUGCUUGCGCCACAGGAUGUCCGCAGAGCCUGACAUCAACAAAACAAAUGCCUUACUAGUAUGUAAGUGGUUGACAAGUGCAUGCUGAGAAGGGGAGCGGGGAAAGAGGAUGACACAUGGGGGAGUGCCGCGGAGUGGACAGUGUGGGCAGAGAAGGCGGCACUGGUAAGGGGAUCUCUGCGAAUUUUGGGAUCUGUGCACUUCACGUAAGAAUGUAAACCCUCUCAGUUAAGAAUCAUCGUCAACAAAAUUAGAACACAUAAAUAGAUAGGAAUAGAAGGAAACUGACAUUUUUCUUCAUUUACAUAUAAGCCUAUUAUAAUUACACAUAAAAUUUUGGUGCCUUCAUGAAAGUAGCCAAUUAGGGCAAAAGAGAAAGGUAAUAGGACUCUAUACUCAGACUAAGGUUUUACCGUUAAUGAGGUAAUAGUUCCCAAU